UUAGUUGCCGUGUGAUAUCGGGAUCCUCAAUUGAAGUCAGACGUAGGGCUGAGGCCUGAAAGUAAAAAUGCAGACCCACUCGCGUGGUUGUCAAGCGCUGCGGGCGCAACAGCCUUCAACCUCACAAUUACAUGUCCAUAGGCCACUUAAAGUGCGGGCAUCUACCUGCAGUGGACGAAUUCUCUCAGUUCGACGUGCAUCCACCCAGCCAUCCAAUGAGCCAGGGACGAGUGCAGACACGCCGAGCACCUCCUACUCGCGCGUAGAGUCGCCCGGCGUGUGGAAUGCAAGCCGGAGGGACGCGCUUGUACUUCUCGCGGGCAGCGCGGCACUUGUGGCAGCGGCGUGUCCACCCGCUGCCGAGGCGUCCAAACUGGGGGGCCUCGCAGACAGCGCCUGGGAGGCUCUGGGCGGAGGGCCCUCCGAUCUUGUGUUUCCAGACGAGUUUGUGGGAGUGUGGGACGUGACGAGCAUCCUCACCAAGGUGGACACGCCGCUCGGCGAGGACGCCGUGCCGAACCUGCAGGCGGUGCGGCGGGCCCAGCGUGAGGACCUGGACCGGCCCACGCAGUACCAGGUGUGCUUCAGCCGCAACGGCGGCGGCCGGGUGGUGUACGACAGAGCCUUCAACACCGCAGCCAUGCUGUCCAUGUACUAUGACAAGACCAUGACCUUCACGGACCGCAUCAGUUGGAACAUCGACGAUCCCAACGUGCUCACGCUGCAGAUGCCGAGCAUGAGUGUGCGCACACGCGUCACGCGGCGCUCUGAGGACUUCCCGCAGCCGGACCGCAUCGAGACGUCGGAGUACGUGGAGAGUGUGUACGAGACGGGUGCGGACGGCGCGCCGCGUAUCAAGGCCAGCCAGUGCUUCACCAAGUACAAGUUCCGCAGCGAGCAGGCGGCUGCGGCGGACGGCGGCCCCGCCAUCGUGGCCACCCAGGUGGUCAGCGACUUCCUCACGCCCUUCGACGGCGAGCAGGCCUACCUGUCCGCUAUGAACAAGCCCUACGCCCAGUACACCUAUCGCAUGGCCUUCAGGAGGGCGGGCGCGCCGGCACAGCAGUAGCAGCAGUGACAGCAGUGGUGAGCGGCGGUAGCAGCAGCGAGCGCCGGGUGGGCGCGGUGCGUUAGGGUGUGCAUGCUUGGUGGUGAUGGUGAUGGUGGUGGUGAUGGUGGUGGGCUGUGUGAAUUGUGGAAUACGGCAGGACUGCGCUGCGGCAGCUGAGCACUACUACAGAGGAGGUGGCGCAAUGUAAUGCUGCUUGGCCAGAAGAGUGGUGAGCGGUGCUGCGAGGUACCGUUUUUGACAAUUUUGCUGGGAAUCAUUCCUCGGAGGCUGGCACGUUGCAUUGCGGCACAUGUCGCGUGCAGUGGCUGGACUGGGCAGGGUGCAGAUGGCAUGAGAGGAACCCCGGGCAUACCCUCUGGUUUCCCUCAUCCAGCACAAGUGGCAUCAGGCGGGUUGUAGGUAGGCUAUGAAUAAUAGCAGGCGAUGCGGUACAUGUGGAUCGUGAGCUCGCUGUCGGGAUGUACCGUAAUCAUUUACUUGAGCAGGCGCCCGUUCGAGGCACCACCGUGCUAUGCGGGAGGGAGCCUACAGCAUGAUGCUGUGUAGCCAACGGCUCGUGCACGCGUCAUGCCGAGGCGGCGCUAUAGCCCUAGAGACACA